AUGUCAGUGGACAUUUUUCUGGAGUGGGCAGACGAAUUCAAACAUGACUCCGAGGGCCAACAGCUGGGCAGCGCGCGAGUCAACCGAGACGCCCAGGGGUUCCCAGACACAUCUGAAAUCCGGGCUCCUGAGAGACCUGGUAGCAACGUGACACGAUACCGGCCACACAUCGGUGGGAGGGAAGUGGAGCACAGAGCAGGCAGCCUCCUGUUGGCGUCCCCACUUCGGCCCCAGGAGCUGGAAAUGACCGGGCCUUGUCAUUGCUCACAGUAUGAAAAAGCUUUCUCACCCAAGUAUCUGCAGAACUGGUCUCUCGCCAAGCCAACAAAAGAGAGGAUUUCUUCCCAUGAAGGCUACACUCAGAUUAUCGCCAAUGAUCGUGGUCAUCUGUUGCCUUCAGUGCCCCGUUCCAAGGCAAGUCCUUGGGGUUCCUUCAUGGGCACCUGGCAAAUGCCUCUGAAGGUACCCCCUGCUCGGGUGACCCUGACCUCCCGUACAGCUGCUGGUGCUGCCUCCCUUACCAAAUGGAUACAGAAAAAUCCUGAUUUACUCAAGGCCUCCAAUGGGCUACAUCCUGAAAUCUUAGGCAAGCCCCAUGAUCCAGACAGUCAGAAGAAACUUGGGAAGUCUAUCACAAAGACUGUACAGCAAGCACCAAGUCCAACCAUAAUCCCAAGCUCCCCAGCAUCAAAUCUCAAUUCCCCAGAUCAACUCCAAUGCUCACACCCCUCUGAAGGUCACACUCCAGGUCCCCAAGGCCCACCCAGCUCUCCAAAGAGUCCACCUGGAAGCCCAUGUAUGCUAGAACACUGUGCAGGUCCUAAUUUAGCCGAGGUCCAGAAAUGCAAACCUGGAACUCCAUAAGGGACUAAGGGACCACACUGAGAAAACCUGUCUAGAGAUUGAGUGAUGUACGCAAGACCCCCCAGUCAGGGAAAUUAUGGAUGGGAAUAAAGGCAAAUCUGGAAAAUAAACAGUUUGUUGAAUCUUUUACUGAUUUGGAUUUUUCCCUCCUGCUAUGUCUGCCUCUUUUAACCCAUAACUAGGAGGAGGGUUGUAGGAAAUAGAGCAGGGAAAAGAACAUGACAGUGGCUUGGGGGUAGAACACGCUUUUACAAGGAUUGAGUCAUUUCCAGAAAUAACCAGUCAUCCCUACUUGCUCACUUUUCAUCCUGAGCAUGAACUACAACUUCAAAGUCAGAAGUACAAUCAUUUAGAGUUGAGUGUGUGUAUGUGCAUUUGGAGAAUGUGGGGAAGAAAUGGGUACAGGAAGCCAGAGUAGAAGACACAAUCCUUGUCUAACACUUCAUUAUCUGAUGACAGAGCACACAGGGAAAACAAAUUAGAAUUAUAAAAUCAAAACUCAAGCAAAGGGGGCUUCCCUGGUGGCACAGUGGUUGAGAGUCCACCUGCAGAUGCAGGGGACACGGGUUCGUGCCCCGGUCUGGGAAGAUCCCACGUGCCGCGGAGCAGCUGGGCCCGUGAGCCAUGGCCGCUGAGCCUGCACGUCCGGAGCCUGUGCUCCGCAACG